CUGGAACGGGAAAUGACGUCACGACACUGAAAUGUGUGGCCGCCGGGAAGGAGUAGAAACGAUCGCUCGCGUAUAGAUUGGGCAUUCCUGAGGGAGGAGCUGCUGUCAUUGGUGUUGAACGGGGUCUGGCUUAUCUGAACUUCACCACGUGGGUAGAUGCGAGAGUGCUGUUCGAUCUUCUGGCCGAGAAAUAAAGGAUUCCAUAGUUUAUAUUUCUCCUAGUUCUACAGCAGAAAUGGAGUGGUCCAGGCAAAGCUAUCCAACUUCAUUCUCUAGUAGAAGUCGUUCCCCUGAGGAUAGGAGCCUUGAUCGACGAAAUAGCAUAACGCAUUUGUAUUUGCGAGUUCAAGUCACUUCUGGAAUUAUAACCACAAACUCUGUCCGAAAAUACUUUGUAGGGCUCGAUAUUGCUGAUAUAUUAUCCUUUAAAGAUAACCAUGCAUUAAUUGAUGGUGGUGCAUUGGUUAAAUUUUAUAAUAGUUCUGAUGCCUAUGAGGGAAUGAGAAGAUACAGAUAUAGUAAUAGUAAGGCUCUACAUGUGAUGUGGUCUAAUGAAAAAGAGUGGGUAAGAUAUGGUGGCAGAGUUCAUUAUGAUGAGGAUAACCUUUCUUAUACAUCAAGAUAUGAAAGAGAAGAAUACUAUUCAAGAUCUCCAGAAAGGUUUUCUCAUUCAUCCUUUAGGGAUUCUAGUUCCAAACAGUGGCAUUCCAGAUCUCUGCAAAGAUAUUCGCAAUCUCAGCAGAAGUAUAGUAGGUCACCAGGGUGGCAUUCUCGGUCUCCUCUUAAUCGCUCCAGGUCACCACGCUUGCGUUCUCGAUCUCCUCGCAGGAGAUCUAGGUCUCCCCGAAGGCAUGAAAGGUCUCCAGUGAACCUGUCAAAUGAGCAAGACCCAAUAUAUGACGGAGACUUUCACGUGCACGUGACAAACCUGAACUAUGACAUCGCAAGAGAAGAUUUGAGGAGGUGGUUUUUCAGCCUGGUGAGCAAAGAUCACAUUAAGUUUCUGUAUGACGAGAAGGGCCGCAAGACAAGGGAAUGUUUUGUCGUCUUCAAAAAUGAAAAAGAUUAUAAAAAAGUUCUCAAACUCGACAAAGUUAUGUUUAAGGGACGUCUUUUGUUCAUAUCUCCCAUCUCCAAAUCAAGCAUGAGAAAUUUGCUUACAGGAAAGAAUGUCUUAUUCUCGCAUCAUUAUUCCAAGGGGAGAUGCCUUUAUUUAAGAAACUUUCCACCAGCUGUGACAAAAAAUGACAUUAUGAAGUUCUUUGCUGGCUUUUCCCUCAAUGAAGAAGACAUCUCCCUGCUGUGCGACAAAAAUGGCAUUGGCCAAGGGGAAGUAAUGGUCAGCUUCUCUUCCGAAGAAGACCUAGAGAGAGCUGAAAAACUGCACCGUAAGAAGUUCAAGGACAAGGAAAUAAAACUGCGAAAAAUUCCUGUGGAAAAAUUACCAAGUUUCUUCUGUGUAAAUUCCUUAAGCCUGAUGCCUGAAGAUCCAAAUGAUUGUGUAACCCAGGAAGAUGAUUUAUUUGAUGAGGAUGACGAACGGGAAAAUGAUAUGGAUGAAGACGACAACAUCCCAGAUGAGGAUACAGGUUUCCACGAAACGGAAAAUACUAAUGAAUGUGUUGCUCAAGCAGAUGACACACCUGAUGAUCCCGUUGUCCUUGUAAAUGACGCACCUGAUGAUCCCGCUGUCCUUGUAAAUGACGCAUCUGAUGAUCCCGCUGUCCUUGUAAAUGACGCACCUGAUGAUCCCGCUGUCCUUGUAAAUGACGCACCUGAUGAUCCUGCUGUCCUUGUAAAUGACGCACCUGAUGAUCCCGCUGUCCUUGUAAAUGAUGCACCUGAUGAUCCCGCUGUUCUCGUAAAUGACGCACCUGAUGAUCCCGCUGUUCUCGUAAAUGAUGCACCAAGUACAGAGUGCAUUUCAAAUGAAAAUGCUGUACAAUUAGAGAAUAAAAAUGCCAUCCCAGAAGGUCCAACUUCAAGCGAUAAUGACUUGGGACAAUGAAGAGCAGGGCUGAGGGUGAAUAUUUUUAUAUUUUAAUAAAAAUGACACUGUAUGGUUCUAAAAUCCCUUCUUAGAGUAAGUGUGGAAAAAUUAAUGCGAAGAGUUGAUCCCCAGUGUAUAUUAGGCUCUGUUCAUAUUGUGUCAGAACUAUACUUCAGAGGUAUACGUUGAUGCAUCAGAAGUAUUCUCCAAUGUAUACCUCUGGUAUAUGCCUCUGUAUAGCCAGUGGCAUACACCGUCCAUUGGCCACCAUGUUAACAAACUGUAUAACACACAGUCAGGGACACUUGCCAAGAGUGGCGUUCCCAUAUACCAGUCUUGAUCCCCUGGGUGCCGGAGUGAGAUGCUCCUAAUUUAUUAAGAGGCAGAUGCCUAUUAACAAAUUGGUCACAUCUCUGGCACUCUUUGCAGCAGGAUCUGAAGUCUGCGCCAGCUAGGGGCUGGCAUAGAUUUCUGCUAUAACUUACCCCAGUUUCUGGCAUCGGUUGUAUUAAAUCUGGCAGGCUGCCACUUUAGAAGAGUGACAAGAAGUUUGAAAAGUUGCCAAUAUAACGAGCGGAAUAAAUUAUGACUUUUUAACACCUCAAUAGUGGCGUAAAAACGUUAGUAAAUGCCCCUCAGUAUGUUUUUGUGCUUACGAUAUAGGAAAGCACAUUCUGCUGCGCUUCGCUGUACAAUUAAAGAAGAAAAAAAGUUAUGCAGACACACCCUAGUGGUCUUGAGAUUUUUUUAUUUUUAUUUUGGCCUCUGUUACGUUACUGGGGGGGGCGCAUAUGGAUAAACAAGACAGACACUGUGGACAUAAUCUUAGAGAUUGAUAUUUUUUUUUUUAUUUUGAAGUGUACAAUAAUACCAAGGCUGGUUUCACACGAGUGAGUCUCAUGCUCCAGACUCGCAGCGUGCGUAUCAGACAGCUCCCGUCCUGAACUUCCAGCAAUGCCGUGGUCGCAUAGCAUUAUAUUGAUUUAUGAUACUAUGUAACCCUUAGAGGUCUGGAAUGUAUUGGAUAACACUGCCAGCAUUACAUCAGUGUUAUAUAAUACAUUCCAGAACUGUAAGGGUUACAUAGCAUCAUAAAUCAAUAUAAUGCUAUGCGACCCUGGGAGGUCAGUCCGGGAGCUGCCGCAUACUAACGCUGCGAGUCCGGAGCAUGACACUCGCUCGUGUGAAACCAUCCUAAUUCUCCUGGCACAUUUCUUGUAGACUACACUCAACCAAUAUCUAGGUAAGAUUUUUUGAUGUAUUAUAACUGAUAGUAAAACCACAUCACUCAGAUGAAGAUAUUGGUAUCGGACAACCGUGCAGCUAGCAAUUAUUAUGGAGCAUAAAGGUGUUUUCUGAUCCCUUAUAAAUGGAGUGAAAAGUGCUUUAAUAACUACGAAAAAUUGUAUUACGGCUAAUUUUUUUUUUUUUUU